CCCCUGGGACAUUCUCAGGUACAUUCGCACAAAAAUUGAACGACAAGCUCUCCCCCACACCUUUCCAGAUGGCGUGCAGUUUCAUUUCGCAUCGUCCAGCAGCGAAAACUGGGAGACUUUGAUGGAUUAUGGGUUUGAGGCGUUUAAGAGAUCGGAAGAGAAAAACACCAGAAAGAUGUUUGAAAUUCUUUGCGAUAAAGAGGAGUGGCAUAGAUAUGACAUUGACAUGAUUGGAAUGAAUCCGAUGCACGAAAGAGAGUUUGAUAAGUCUGUCGGGAUGCCGAAAUUACAGGAAAGGUUGCUUCAAACUUUGCAUAUUCAUAUAGUGAAAUCAGCUGAAGAACUUAUGAACUUCACUUCGGAAUGGAAAUAUAACGCAAAAAUGGAGCUCGAUAAAAUGGCAAAACGUAUAAAGCCUUCCAAAAAUCGAGCGGAAUUAAUAUCCGAGUUUUGCAAACAGUUCAUUUUGGUGUUUCAGACACUUUUUGUAUCGCCGCUAUAUACUCCAACCCUUCACUCGGAUCCUUGGUUGAAGGAAUUUAGCGUAGGGAUCAAGAGGGCACGGGAAACUAGCACAGGAUAUGGGUGGACCUUGAAGGACAUGUGGGAUAUUUUCGAAACUCUUAAAGGCACUGACGGAUAUGCCGAGUUUCCACCUAAAGGAUUUCAAAACUCCGAGUUUGAUGAAUACAUGGCGGAAAUUGAACGAUACAUAAAUCCUGCUGAAAUUCGCUUUAAUACAGCACAGAUGUUGAUACAACGUCUAACACAGGAAUAUACCAUGCGGUCAACUCUGAUAAAUCUAAAUGAGCUUAACGUUGAUGAAUUCGUUUCACGUCAAGUACAAGCGCGAACAUCGACCCAAUUAAAUUUUGGUCAGGCCGUCGAUCAGAAGAUCAGCGAAGAUUAUGGUCGGAUUUUCCAUGCGCAUGAAAGAGAAAACGCGGGAAGUACUGUCGAAGUGCACGGAGGUAAUCAAUGGGUGUCUGUCUUUGGAGCCAUGUGUCUAUUGCUGCAUGCAGAAUAUACCAUCCGUAUCAUGCGCGACACGGUUUUUUCUUCCUUGCUACAAGCGCAGAGUGACGAUCCUAUGCAAGGGAUCCUGAUUUCUAAAUUCGAACGAUAUUGGAGACAUAGGAGUAAAGAUUCGAAGGAACAGCAAAAUACGGAAAGUCAGAUUGCAAAAAUAAUGACGUCUAUGGGGAAAACGAAUAAUAAAAAACCUUUUUCCAUGAGCAAAGUAUCACCCAUCGAAGACCUGUCAUGGGCACUCUAUGCCAUGUUUUUUGAGGACCCAUACAAUCAUUUCAAGAAGACAUUGGAUCAGCGCACUGAUCUACUGGUGAUGACACAUGCCACGUCGCUUGUUCACUUUUAUCAGUUGAGUGGCAUCUGCGUGCAUCAGGACGAAGGAUAUUUGUAUCAGUGGGCGGCAAAUAAUCCGAAUUCGGAGUAUGCGAGAGCAUUUCUGGUUAGGGAGCUGGAUGUCAAGGAUGGCAUAGAUGCUCUUUCAAAUUUGGGAUUGAUUGAAAGUGGGAUACCGGCUGAUAUCACUAAAUCAUUUCUUACCUUAUUGACGGAGAACCUUAAAAAGUUCAAUAAGAAAAAUGAUAACCAGAAGGAUACUGCGAUCUUUUCAAAACUCUCAGAAACAAUAACUGAACAGGUCAGAGCCAUUAUAAAGAGUAAACCACCGGAACCAGAAGACAAGGUAAAAUUAUUUAUUGAUCUUGCGGACAUGGGAAGAAAUCCAGACACGUUCGAGGAACCCGAGAGUAAGACUAGAUUUUCAGAAAAAGAAAAAGCUUCAGUGAAUUACAUUUACAAGCGUCGUUUGACGAUGGGAAUAACAAGCAGUGUCAUCGAUGCUACUCAGCAACUUGCCAAAGUGCAAUACGAAUACAGUCAUCAACAAACCGCUCCAGCUCUACAACGGGAACUACUUGGUCGCGUCGCAUCCCUGAUGCUCGGAUAUGAAUAUCCUUAUCAUCCCGAUGCCCGUCCUUCGUCAAAAUGGUACCUAUCGCCAAAGGUGGUCAUUCAAUUUCUUCUUGCGAACGAAGAUGUCUUUGAAGCUAUGUCUAACUCAGAGGAAAGUUACGAGUGGAAAUCUUUACUCGAUUCUCGAAUACUAGAAUCACCGAUGGUCAAGCGCAUCAUAUACUUGAGCAAACCCGAAAACGCUAAUGAAGAAUAUAAUUUCAGAACGGUUUCAAAUUACAUAAAAAAAUUCGAAACAGCAAAACGUGACGAUAUAGAAGCAUAUAUAAUCGAGUUCCUUGCUGAUGACCGAUUCAAUUGGCAACCAGAUCAGGAAAACCUGCAAAGAAGAGUGAACAAUUUAAAAGAAGAUAUAGUCAGAUUUAGUAAAUGGCAUUCAUAUCUUGAAGCGUACAUAGAAAUCGCGGAAUCAGUCUUACUGGGCAAGGAGGACAGAGAACCGGAAAUAAGAUUUAAUAUGAAUGAUGUUGGCAUAGAUCUCAAUGAAUUAGCAGAGAUUGAUAUAGAAUGA